GCCCGGCCGGUCGCCAUGGCAACCGCCGGCCCAGGCGCCUGCGCCGACUAGGCCGCGCCGCGCCGCCCCGCUUCCAGACGUCUCUUCGGGGCCCGCCGCCAUGGCCGAGCAGGAUCCGGCCUUCGUGCUCCGCUACUUGGCCGAGGUGGAGGCGCUGGCCGAGGAGGUGAUGGCCGCCAGGCAGCAGAUUGUAGAUCUGGAUCAGAAACGGAACCAGAACCGGGAAGCCCUGAGGGCGCUGAGCAAGGAAAUUGACUCCCCCGAGAAAGUCACCGUUUGCUUUGGGAAUAUGUUUAUACAGCUUCCAAAAACAAAGACCCAGGACAUGCUGCAGAGAGAUCAAGAGCUACUGGAUGAAGAAAUCACGAAAUUGCAGAAGGAACUCAAAGUGAAAGUCGGCAGACUCUUCGAGGCCCAGGGUAAGCCAGAACUGAAAGGCUACGACUUGAAGCCCUUGAAUGCCGAAGAAAUGUGGUUCAUGAGGAAGGUGGUGGACAAGUGAAGCAAUCUCCUGCUGUGGAUUCCUGCGCCUGCCCCCAGCAUGGGAAGCACGGGCAGGAGAGUUGCUUUCCACGCUUCUCGCCUAGGAAACCGGGUGCAUUUGCUGAGCCACUGGGCAUCUCAUUGGCGCCUUUUAUGGGAGGUGUGUUCUUCAAGCCAGUGAGAUUAUUGCAAAUUUGACAAGAGAACACAACGCUGAAGCUUUCUGCAGCAUGCACAGGCAACGAAAUCUGAGGAGCGAGACGGUUCCUUUAGGUCAGAAUUUUGCCCUUUUAAGGUUGGAUGCUGAAUACAGAUUAGUGGAAAGAAGGUGGUAGGGUUCCAUGUUUUUCUAGUUUCUACGCACACGACCUGUGUGAUAAUAAACUGAGCAAGACUCCAAAAUCCGUUGGUUGAAUGGUGGAAAAUGAUUUCUUCUUUACUUUGGUUGUGUUUGUAUAUCCUCAGCAAUUGUCUGUAUUAAAACUCUGAAAAUAGAGCCAGAAAAAGUGCUGCUUGGCUAGCA